UCCAUGAGCACAACCUCUUCAAAGUAGUUUCACUGCAUGUUAUCACAGGCAGUGACACAGGGGGGUUUAAACUCGUUUACAUUUCGACACUUGAGCCAUUUCACAACUGAGGCAACUGAAGCAAAAGCACCCUGGGCGUCUUAUCUCAGCCCUCCAUGCUCCUGCAAUCCGGCGGGUGUUAAGAUCCAUGGAAGUGGCCGGCUUCUACGACGAGGGAGGCUUUGCUAUCCACAGUAGAGACAGCAUUAUCAGUCCCAUCGGCAACGGCUCAUACUGGAGGCUCGGAGACUCGAUGACGGAGCUGGGCAUUGAAGAGCGGGAGAGAGCGAUAGACUUCAGCGUUUACCUGGAUUCAGCUUCGCACAGCCCGCAGCUGGCGGCGCAGACGCACCAGCAGCAGCAGCAGGGGGACGUUUACUCAGAUUUCCUGGCGGAGAACAAGAUCAAGAGAGUUGCAGCUUUACACAACUACAAGAACUACUCGCUGUUGAACGAGCUGGAGACGAGUCAGUGCGACAACUUGAGGGACCCCAGGGAGCCCUACGCGCUGGGUUACACUGAGCUGCAGGAGACCCGUGUGGAUAGUGUGCUCAGUCCUGAUCUCAUCGGGAGCCGCUACAGAGCCGCUGCUGCCGCCGCCGCUGCUGCUGCUGCUGAGAGAGACGACAGCCAGGAAGACGCAAAGAUGGAGAACGGGUCGUCUGGAUUUGACAUGAGGUCCUACCUUCAUUACCAGCCCACCAGCGGCAGUCUUGGAAACAUCUCCACUGCGUCUUCGACCUGCUCCAGCCCGCCCGGCACACCUGCCCCGUCAGGUAAAGGCAGGUCACCAUCGCACAGUGGCAAAAUGUCCAGUGGGAAAGCAAAGAAAAGCCUGGACAAGAACAGUGACGAGUACAAGGUGAGGCGGGAGAGGAACAACCUCGCCGUGAGGAAGAGCAGGGACAAAGCCAAAAUGCGCAACAUGGAGACUCAACAUAAAGUGCUGGAACUGGCUGCAGAGAAUGAUCGUUUACAAAAGCGUGUGGAGCAGCUGUCCAGAGAGCUGGGCACCCUGCGCAACCUGCUCUCUGCCACCGGACAAUGUUAGAAACAUCCAACAGAGACUUGACACGGACCUCUGGGCUGCUAGUCUAAUCUUUGUUGGACUUUAGAGCCAGAGGUGAGCCACUGAACAAGUGUUGAAAACGGUACGCUUCACAGGUGAAGACAGCGACCACCAGUUUACAGGGACACUUUGAAUGGGACUGAAGGAGUGGGUGCAUGGAUUGCGCAAUCAUUCACGAUUCAUCACAUGUCACCUCUUAGCUUUAUUCUCAGAUGUAAUUUUUUGUGUAUGCAGUAUUUCGGUGCAUAUUUUACAUACAUGCGAGUGAAUUUCUACAUUUAGUGUAUCUGGAGCAAUGGUUGUCAAGGGAGAGUUGUGCUGCAGUGAAAUGAUGCAACUCUUUGUAAUACUAUUGGCAAUGAAUGAAAUAAGUCUAAUUAUUUAAUAUUAAAAGGGGAAAUGCUUUAAUUGUACUUGAUAUUUUAUUGAAUUAAACAGAUUUAUACUUUUGUCUAAAUGAUUUCAUUCCUAAUUUCUUCUUUUCUGUACCUUUUUAAAGCAGGUGCAGACAGGGGUGUUACGCUUGCUUUAAAUAUUCACACUCAUGAUAGUCAGACUGUAUUUCAAUGUAUUUCAAAUACACCAUAAUGCGGAUAAAAAAUGUGCUUUACAAUAUGGCAAAUUU